GGGGUUAGUGUCGGAGUGGGGAAAGAGCACAGAGAGCGAGUGGUGUCAGCACAGCGGCGGCUCCGGCACAGUCAGGGAGGAAUCAAUUGGGAUACGCGUUGGGCUGUGUUACAUAUAUAUCAUUCGGUUUUCAGGAAUACAUUCAUUUUCCUCUCAGAAGAUAUGAGACGAGUUGUACGGCAGAGCAAAUUCCGUCACGUCUUUGGCCAGGCGGUGAAGAAUGACCAAUGCUACGAUGAUAUCCGGGUUUCAAGGGUCACAUGGGACAGCGCCUUCUGUGCAGUCAAUCCCAAAUUUGUUGCCAUAAUCAUUGAGGCCAGUGGUGGUGGAGCUUUCCUCGUUCUCCCUCUUCACAAGACGGGACGCAUUGACAAAUCCUACCCAACAGUGUGUGGUCACACAGGCCCGGUGUUAGACAUCGACUGGUGUCCCCACAAUGAUCAGGUCAUUGCCAGCGGCUCCGAGGACUGCUCAGUGAUGGUGUGGCAGAUUCCUGAGAAUGGCCUCGUCACUUCUAUGUCUGAGCCAGUGGUAGUACUGGAGGGCCACUCCAAGCGGGUUGGCAUCAUCACAUGGCAUCCAACAGCACGCAAUGUCCUCCUCAGUGCUGGUUGUGACAACCAGAUCUUCAUCUGGAACGUGGGCACCGGUGAGGCCAUGAUCACCUUGGAGGACAUGCACCCCGAUGUCAUUUACAACGUGUGCUGGAACCGCAACGGUAGCCUCAUCUGCACCGCCUGCAAGGACAAGUCUAUCCGUGUCAUCGACCCCCGAAAGGAGAUGAUUGUUGCUGAGAAGGAGAAGGCACAUGAGGGCGCUCGACCCAUGAGGGCCAUUUUCCUGGCUGAUGGCAACGUCCUCACCACAGGUUUCAGUCGCAUGAGUGAGAGACAGCUUGCCCUCUGGAACAUUCAAAGCAUGGAUGAGCCCAUGACUGUUAAUGAGAUGGACACCAGCAACGGGGUGCUGUUGCCGUUCUAUGACCCAGACACCAACGUUGUUUACCUCUGUGGGAAGGGUGACAGCAGCAUCCGUUACUUUGAAAUCACAGAUGAGGCUCCAUAUGUUCACUACCUCAACACCUUCGCCACCAAGGAGCCCCAGAGGGGCAUGGGCUACAUGACCAAGAGGGGCCUUGAUGUCAAUAAGUGCGAAAUUGCAAGGUUCUAUAAACUGCAUGAAAGGAAGUGUGAGCCUAUCGUGAUGACUGUACCCAGAAAGUCGGACCUGUUCCAGGACGACUUGUACCCCGACACGGCUGGACCAGACCCUGCCCUGGAGGCUGAGGAGUGGUUUGAGGGCAAGAACGGAGACCCCAUACUCAUCUCCCUCAAGAACGGCUACGUCCCAGGCAAGAACCGUGAAUUCAAGGUGGUCAAAAAGAACAUUCUGGACUGCAAGGCGACCAAGAACACAGAGAACUCAAGCCCUGCCAACAAGUCUGCCUCCCCGACUCCAUCGAUUAAAUCUGAAGCCAAGCUGGAGGAGAUCUUGAAAGAAAUCAAAUCCCUCAAGGACCUGGUCAGCAGUCAGGAGAAGCGAAUCAUCAAACUUGAAGAGCAAAUGUCCAAAAUUGCCAUUUAAAGACCCUUUACCCAACCCGCUACAAUUCAGGACGUUCCAUUGGCUGGGGGAGGGGGUGGGCGGGACCAGUCACUGCCUAUCUCAAUGACAGUGGUGCGUCUGAGUCCUGCCCAGCAACGAUCCCCAGCAACAUUCCAGACGAACUUUUUCUUAGCCAGCCCCUGACCCUCAGUUUAACACAGGUGGAAUAAGAAGGAGGUGUGGCAAAUUUAGCAGAAAAUAUUCUUGCUUUUCGGUGACAAAGGACUCUACUCCUUUUAUUCUGUGGCAGUCAUUUUUUUAUUUUGUCUACUUGUAUAAAAAGGUCUUACAUAAUUCUUUUUGUUUCAGAAUAAUGACCAAGAAAAUUCAAACGUCAGCAGUUCCCAUUUACUAUUGUAUACCCAAAUAUUUUUUUAAGUAGGGAUCAGUGUUUCAUGUUACCGUACCCCAAAAUUAUAAUGUUGCCAAAAUGUAAAUUUUGUUUACACCUCCUUAACAGUAUUUCUUUCUUAAUCUUGUGGGAAUAUUCAAAAUGCAAACAGGGAAGCUCAAUGCAGUAGACUGCUUAUACAAGGAGAAGAAUUUCAUCAACAAUUGAAAUUUAAAAUGAUUUGAAUAGUUAUGAACAGACAUUUCAGUACUCUGUAAAGAAAUACAUUCUGAUUGAAUUCACAUUUAGCUGCCACAGUCUACACCAAACACUCAGAUAAAUCAUAAAUGACAAAUUCUUGCUGGCUGUGCUGAAGCUGCACAAAUCAAUGCCUGCUUACUGCUGUUUCUUUUCAUUCCUGUUGCUUUCCAUCAUUCUGACUGUGGACACAAUAGUCCACAUAAACAUGCAUUCCUUUCUUGCUUGCUUGCUUCAUUAACAUGCACUGUGUGCUUAUCAGAGACAUACAUUCCACAAAUCCGAUUGAUUGGCACUUCUUGGUGUGGGGAAAAAAUACUCCUAGAAUGUUCCUCUUUCUGUAAACACUCUACUGUAGUGACUCGGUUACACUGGUUGGUGGUGGUUGUGACAUUUUCUGUGCUGCCCAUGGAAAGACCAGCUUUGUGGAUUUUCGACCUUUCUGCAGAAAAACCAUCUCGUCAGCCCUGCUUUGUUUUUGUGAGAGGUUCAGUCACUGACCUCAGUGUUUAGUAUUCACGGGUUAGCUCAACACACAAGUGUAGUCAAGUGUAGUGGGAUUAUUUUUUGUCACUGUUCCUUUGCAGCGUCUGCCAUCUCAGAUCUGUAUUUUCUGUACAAAUGACACCAAGUAAUCACACACUGUCUUGACUUGUUUAAAACCAUCUGGUGUUAAAACUGGAGUUUGCUGCAGAAACUGUUCGUGAUCGACCUUUAAGGCCUAGAUUGUGUGUGAAUAUGUGCCUCAUGUCUUUGGCCUUUUUGGAUGCCCAUCACUAUGGAUGUUCCUGCUUUGUUUCUUCUUGGGGAGUGGGUGUUGUGAAAAGAACUCAGUAGAUCCAAGACUUGCCUCAAACCUGAAUGAAUUGAAUAGUCCACUGUUAAUUUUAGCCUGUUUCUUGUUCCAGCUGUGCUUAUAUCCCUCUUAGCACUUCCACUUCUUGGGUUUUUUAAUGGUUAUUUCUCAGAUGCCCCCAUUCAGUGUGGUUAUUACCAAAAUGAUGAAUGAUGAAAAUGAUGAAUUGUCCAAUCCGAGCUGUUUUGAUAAAAGCUCUAUUUUCUUGGCGUUGUAGAUUGGUUUCCCAGUGGGAAGCUGAGACGGGUAAUGGUUCAGUCUGUUGUUUGCCUUCAAUAAUUGUUACCACUGUAAAGACCUGAAAGUGCCAUAGAGGUGACCAUGGAAGUGUUUGUAGGGGACUGUUGUGUGAAUAGAUUUGUGUAGUAAAUGGAAGAGUUGAUAGGUGCCCGGAUUUAAAACCACUUUGAGGUGCUAUACUUCGUGCAAAUGCUAUGUUCAAAGGACCCUGUUCCUAAAGUACUGUAUGUCAGCCCACCUGGAUGACAUCAUGAAGUCCUGCCAACCCAUCCCACAAUACACCAGGCAGCGUUACAGGUCGGGGGGGUUUGUUAAACACAUUGUCGCCCGCCCCCCCCCCCCCUUCACUCGGCAUUUUGACACUUUCCAACUCGGUACGGGUAUUCAAAACUUCGUAAGUAAAAAUGAUGUCAAACCGAGAACGCUCAGUUUUUUCAGUCAUCGUGGCUUCAAGACACAAUAUGAGCAGCGAGUCUUAGAAUAUCAGUGACAGGAAAACUACAGAGUGCUGACACAAAUUAUACUGCCCUAUCUUGUAUAUCAGACUGCCACUCUAUGGAUUCUUUAUAGCACUGUCGGCACGAGAGCUAAAUUCUGAGGAGUAGCGAAUAGCGAUCCAAAGGGACACUGUAGGUUGGAGAAAUGUGCAGUUGAAAGAUAGAUGUAUGUUUGUAAUUAAGGUCUAGAGAAACGAGUGAAAGCUGUGUAAAUAACAUGACCAUAUUUUCUUUUUUUUUUAAGUCAUUUUUGUUUUGUGGUUGUGCUGAAGAGGGUAUUUGUAAGGGAGGUGGGUUAUAAAUGUUUCCCCUUGUCUGUGUUCCCUGCACCUUGCCAUAAAUGCAUCACGAGAACCUCGGUUAUAUUGAAGGUCAUAUGAAUAUCAAGAAAGAAAAUCAGAAACAAAAACGAACCAGGAUGAAGCCUCACGUGGAGGUCUGCUCAGCAUUUUUGUUCAUUAUUCUUGCUUCAAGUAUCAAACAUUGAUUAUAAGAAAAAUUAAUAAAGAAUUUUUAAAAUGG